UUAAAUGCAUGUGUGCAUAGGAAUUGUCAAGUGGAAGCCUGUCAUCAAACGUGGGCUUAAAAGCAGGGCGUCCCAGGCCGACAUUAAUGAUGAACAAAACUUGGUAAAAUCAAUUUUUAGAAAUUUGUCUGUAGGAAGAGGAAAUCCAAAUCUAAAUUAGAAGGGCCCGGUAUUAGUAGAUUGCAGAGCAGUAUGGAGAAAGUAGCUCUAUGGUGGGACAUGGAUAGUUGUCCCUUGCCAUCCCACAUGGAUCCCUUUGUAGUAAGGUCAAUGGCAAACAUUUUGCUUCAAAAUGUCAAAUUACAUGGGAGUGGAAUUCAUCAAUUUAGUGCUUACAAAUACCCAUCUGCAAAGGAUGAGGAUAUUGAGCUUAGCCAGACUUUCUUCAAUUCUGGAAUCCAACUGCAACUGGUUCAGCCUGCACUGGCAGGUAAUACCAAUGAAAUUGAGAAAAUUAUAAUGGCAGACAUGCUCUUGUGGGCUAUGGAUGUGCCCCCACCAGGGAAUAUCAUUUUCAUUGUAGGGAAUGCAGAUUUUUCCUAUGUGUUUCACAAGCUUCGGGAGAGAUCUUAUAAUGUGUUCUUGGUUUGUGCAUCCAUAACUCAAAUGCCUCAUGGUAUGUUAAGUGUAGCAAAUGAAUGCGUGGAAUGGUUGACUUUUCUGCAAAUGUUAGAGCAAAAUGAAGAAAAGUUACAGUUUCCCAGCAAUAUCUAUGGGUGGUGUCCUGAGCAUUACCAGGUUUCCUCUAAUGCCUACUCUAUGUCUGCAUCUACUGAUAGUACCAAGGAAUGGGAAGAAUAUCAGAACAGGUCUAGUUUUGGUUAUAUUCCAGAGGAUUCUUUCACAGGCCAAUCAUCUUUCAACAAUGAACAAUCUUCAAGGCAAUUCAGUAUUCCUUCAUUAAAUGAAGUGGCCACAGCAGUGGGGCAGCAGCCACGGAGACCUGGCUUUCACAGGCACGCUAAUAAAUGCACUGAGAAACCAAUGGAUCCAACAGUAAAUUCAAAUAGACAUAGGGACUGGAAGCCUCCUAUAUUAACCGGGCCUAAGAAAAUGUUAGCUUCAAUGGAUGAAUUCAGGUCAUGGCUUAGACAAGUUGUAAAUAGUAAAGAAAAUGAAAAUGGUUAUAAUAUUUCACCCAUUCGCAUGGACUUCGAGAAAGCAACUGGGAAGAUCCUCGCUUUCUCGUUACUGGGGUUUCCCAAGAUGAUGAACCUGCUAGAACAAUGCAAGGAUAUAGCAGAGGUCAAGGAAGUGAGAAAGGGAUGCCAUUUGGCUUUCCCUGUUAAAAAUAAUAAACAAAACCUUUUAAAAACAAAGAAACCAAACCCUAACCCUCAACCUAUGAAGGUAAAACCUGAAAAUUCACUAUGUGGAGUAAAUCCUUAUCCUGAUUUGCAACCUCAACUGAAUCCAAAUUCAAAUCCAAAACUUGAAGCAGGAAAACAAUCAAUGCCAAAAGCUUCAGGAGGAGAUUUUUAUGCCUUCUUAUUGCAUAUGGUGAGCAUGGGUGAAUUCUCACAGGGUUUUCUCAUGUCCAAACUUCCUAAAACAUUUGAAUCUUUUUCUGGAAAGUGUCUUGAUAUACAGCACCUAGGAUACAAGAAACUAACCAACCUUGUUGAAGUGUAUAGUGAUCUUGUAUCAGUGGACAAGACAGGAGCUGGACCGCCACGACUAUAUCCCGCAGGUUUUGUCAGGGAAAUAAUUCCCAAUUCCAACUUCAGUAGAACAGGUGAAGAAUUCUCUGUCAACAUGGUUGAUCAUGUUGCUGAACAGGAAGUAAAGCUAGAGGUGAACUGCUCUUCUACUACUGGAAGUGACCAGUCACCAGAUAAUAUGACAUGGAAGGACAAUAUCUCUCUAGAGAAUUUGUCUUACCAGAACUCUGAGUUGGCCAUUACCGAAAACGAAUGGCCAUCAAUGGAUUUAAACACAUUGCCAUUAAUGGGUUUUCAAGAGUAUAACAAGUCAGAUUCCUCUAGCACACCUCAAGGAUCACAGUUUAGUGAAUGGGAUGACCAAUUUUCUAACACUGUUAGUGACCUAUCUAUACGUGCCAAUUCCCACCAGCUAGAAGGAUCUGCGUGUAUCAAACAAUCCCUCUCAAGGUUACAGAGUGAGGGAAAUAUCCCUAUUAGGAAUGCUGCUUAUGUUGAAGCCUUGCUAAACAUGAGAGAAAAUAAAAGCAUUUGCAAGGAAGUUACUGGAGUCAGUGAAACUGCUAACUCCCAAGAUGCUUCAUGUAGAACGUCUUUUGGUGGAGAGGUAUCAAAUUUUGUUUCUUCAAAAUCAGAGCAACCAUUUAUGGAAUUGAAAGUGCAUAGUAACGUACUUGUUAGUCCUUUGCAAAGCCUGCUGCCACAAGAGAGUGUUGUUAGCACAGAAAGUUUGCAGGACACAAGAUUGGAUUACAAGCAACCCGAGCAAAAUGCAAAGGGUGUGGUAAAUGAGGAGACAAAUGUUCAUAGCAUUGUUUCACCAGCAGAAGCAAUUAUGCAAGUUGCUGGAAAGGGGCUGAAAUCGCUUUAUGAUUUCUCAAUGUGGAAAAAGAGCCCGUGAAAUAAGAUUACGGGUGUAAAUGGAGUUAAGAUUGGAGUGCCAUAGUGAAUUACCUGUCAUUAUGGCAUUCUUAGGCUGAUAAGAAAUUGCAUAAAUUUUGGCGUAUUUGGCUUUAUAAUUUACGGUGCUUUUGAUUAUGUUAUAUAUUUGUGAAUAAUCUAAUUUUGUUCGACUUCUGUAUCAUCUCAACAUGUGCCUGUCAAUGACAAAUACAACUCACGAAGUCAUGAUUUUUGAGAGUAUCUUCUGGAAGCUUAUUAUACUAUGAAAUAGAAUUAUCAGGUCCUUGCAUA